AUGUCUACUAUACUUGCCUCUCCAGAAGUAGGAUGUGCAAAAUAUCUUAGGCAGGAACUCAGAGAACAAGAACUUCUAGAUGAAAUUACCAGGCUUAGAUAUGAAGGGUCACUUCCUCCUUGUGUUGUAGGAUACACACGCAAUUCAUUAAUCAGAAAUUUUCAAAACUGGAAAGGUACAGCAUAUGUUCCAGAGAAAACAGAUGCAUCUUUGAGGUGGAGUGAAAGUGAUCCAAUGGAUAUACUACCUGUGGUUACAGACAGUCCAUGGCAGAUAAUUAAGAGAGGCAAAGAUAAGAAAGCAGAGCAACCCAAGAAAGCUUCAACAUUUGUCCCAGCUAAGGGAUCAGUUGCAGUCAAGCAUAAGCUGGAUGAUGAUGAUGAGAUUAAUAUAAAGAAAAAGAGUAAAAAAAUACUGAAGCCUAAGUCUAGCAUCAAGUUGGGACUUCAAUGGGAUGGUAUAAAUUACAGUUGUGCAUAUGAUAGCUUAUUUGUGAUUUUAUAUCAUAUUUGGAACAUAGAUCCUUCAAGGUGGACUACAAAUUUUACAGAGAUCAACCAAGAUUAUUUAGGUGCAUUGGCAGCUGGUUUCAACAAGGUGCUUGAAGGAACACUUACUUUACGAGUCCUCUGA